AAUUGUGCACCAUUGUGUGUGUGUGUGUGGUGACAGGGGGAAGUGCCAGUGUCCCUGAGACAGUCUCACUGUGUUUAUAUAUUCAUGUGGUAAAAGAGUUGAUUCUAUAUGAAUGUAGGAGUAAAUAAGUUGAAAUUCCAGGAUUUUUACGAUGACACUCUUUCACCUUCUUUGGCUUUUUCUCCUGUGGCUGAAUCCAAAUGAGUCGUUACAACAGAGCGAAGUAAAAUGUGAGCUGACGCUGCCACCAGCCACAGGAACCUUAUACGAACCUGCUAAUAGAAAUAGCUUUUCACCUGGUGAAAAGCUAAGAGUGACAUGUGGGGACAGAUACUGGAUUUUGGACAGUCGUGGCCUCUCAGCUGAGACUACUUGCAAAAGGGACGGAGAGUGGACUUUCAGACCAGUGUGUCAAGAGGUUACAUGCAGCCGUCCUAGAGACACAUUUUUGUCGUACUGGGGUGCCGCCUUAUCUCAGCGAGACAAAAUGGGUGACAGUGUCAUAUAUGGAUGUAAAACCGGUUACAAGAGAACAGAUGUUGGCGUCUGGGCCACGUGCACCAGAGAGGGAUGGGAACCUAAUCCACUUUGUCAAGCUAAUGCUGAUAUCUGCAGCCCUCCACUCAAAGUUGAGAAUGCUGUUGUUACAACUCCUUAUCAGCAGGAGUACCCAUCUGGCUCUACAGUAACUUAUCAGUGCUUUGAUAAGUACACAAUGGAGGGAAAUGCUACAAUUGAAUGCACAGCCGGAGAAUGGGAGGAGCUCAACAUUAAGUGCAUACUUGCCCAGGGUUGUGAGAGGUCACCACAUAUUUCAGAUGGACAGAUCAUUGGAAGAGAAAUAUCACAAUACAACCAUAAUGAAACGGUUGAAUAUGUCUGUCACAGUGGCUACAUUAUGGAGGGUGAGCCAUUCAAAACAUGCAUCAAUGGUGAAUGGAUUGGAGAGAUGAGAUGCCGCCCUGUCCAGGGUUGUGGAAGACCACCAUAUCUUUCAGAUGGAGACACUAAAACCACUACUGGGAUCCGGUACCAGCAUAAUGACAGGGUUGAAUAUGUCUGUCAGGCAUACUACGUCAUGGAGGGGGGACCAUUCAAAACCUGUAUUGAUGGUGAAUGGACUGGAGAGAUUAGAUGCCUUCAACCCUGCACUGUGACUGAAGAGGAGCUGAACAGCCACAAUAUUCACUUCAAACAUCUAAAAAUGGAUAACCCUGCUAAGAUGUAUUCAGCACAUAAUGAUGUGAUUGAGUUUGUGUGUACCAGAGGAAGACGUGUCGGUGCUGUGGGAAUGCGUCAGAAGUGUGAACAUGGUGUGAUGGAGUUACCAACUUGUCAGUAAGGGUUUUUUGUUUUUUGUUUUUUUACUAGAUUAGAUAAAGAUGAGUACACCAAUGUGUCAGAAUGAAGAAUUAAAUCAGUCAAGUACUAGUGCUGUUUGUGGUCAUUUUAAUAAAAGCAUAUAUGCUGA